AGCUGAACGAUUGGAAAACUGGCGGGAAUCACCGUCGAGAGCGUGGACGGCGUGCCGAUCGAGGUGCACAUCCAAGCACCAGUGGCAGUGCAAGAUGACAUGAACCCGACACUGCAAGACACGCAAGGCGGUGUUGCGACCCGGCUUCGGAGCAGUGCUCUUCUGCAAUCCUCAGGAAGCCGUCGAGCCCGGCCGAUCAAUGCCAUCCGCCAAGUCACAGUGUCGCGCGCCAGUGCUCGGAAUCGGACAAGGCCGUCUCUACUCCUAGUCAUUGCGAUGGGUUUGACAGUGGCAAGCGUCGUGCUGGCUGCGAUGGAUCCAGCGCGAACUUCUGCAAUCGCGUUUGGCUUGUUGGCAACCGGCCGUCCGCCAGCCAGUCUGUGGUGGUGUGGUCUACUCGCUAUGGCGGUCAUGGCAUGGGCUGUGAUCUUUUGGUUGGCAUCGACGACCGUGCAUCAAGAGACCAUUACCGUUGUCCCAGGGCUUGGGAUUGAGCUGACUGUGGUCAAGGGCCUGCGGCGACGCAGCACCACAACCUUUUUGGACGCCGCGCAAGUUCGGGAUGUUGUGAUCAACGAAGUCAUCACAAUGCACAGAGUGAUAUCCGUGCUUGUGGUUCUGGCAUCUACGCACGAUGCCGCGAGUGGAUCGGUGGAGCGCGUCGUGCCAGUGUUUCGCCAUCUCCAUCCUCGCUUGGCGGAAUUGCGUCCCAUCGCCAAAGCGCUCCGGAAGUGGUGCGAACUCACAUAGGAAUCGUCUUCCUGCGCUUUGAAACCUAUCUAAUGGUGAUCGAGCAACCAGUCAAAUUGACGAGCGCCUUUCAUUUCGCGAUUUCAUGUCAAAGUGACACUUUGGUCAAAGUCAGC